AGUUGGAGAAACAAGAUAAAUAUGAAUCUAGAAAAGGAAAACAACUCUGUAUCAGAUUUAGACAGAAGAAAAAGAUAUCGUCGAGGCCUGGACAACCGCGUAGUCAUCACGCAACACUUCACUGAGAGGACCGUCACUCCAGGAGGAGAUAUCAGUAUGCAGUGUUCAGCGACUGGCGACAGACCUCCGCAGUUCACCUGGGAAAGGGAUGGCAUUAUCAUCUCCAGCAACACAGAUCCUAGGUAUGCCCUGGGUCAGCUGAUGACGUCAGACAACUCAGUGGUAACACAGCUGAACAUAAGCCGUGUGCGUGUUGAAGACGGAGGGCUGUACUCCUGCGUCGCGCGGGAGGGAGACCAUGUCACCGCACACGACAACAGGCUUCAUGUUUAUGGACCACCGUACAUAAGAGCGAUACCUCCAAUCAAAGUGCAGAGCGGAGAGUCUGUCAAUCUGAGAUGCCCUUUUUACGGGUAUCCCAUUAGCAAAAUCGACUGGGAACACAAAGGGAAGACUAUUAGCUCAAACAACCUCUUUCAAUCCCGCUACAAGCGAUCCUACCACAAAAAGAAGACGAGAAGAAAUGCUCCAACGGUCAACAUCAACGGAAUUCUUUCGAUACCAGAAGUGUCUAAGGAAAUCAAUGGAGAAGUAUUCACAUGUGUUGUAACCAGUCCUUCUGGAGAAAUGGCAAGAAGAGCCUUUGAGAUCCAAGUCAUUGAAGCUCCUGUGUUAGAAGAUUUAUUGUUAGGGAAUAAUCUACAAGAAGGACAGAUUGUAAAUAUCUAUUGCAAUGUCAGGAGUGGCGACCUGCCGAUUCAUUUUGAGUGGCUGAAGGAUGGGAAAAGGAUUCCUAGUAGCUUGAAGGUUGUGGAGAGGAGUUCGGAACUAUUCAGCGCAUUAGUUAUUAAGAAAGUUUCAUUAGAGCAUUGCGGUACCUACACUUGUGUCGCGUCCAACCACGUCGCCAAAGUUAACAAGUCCACCGAACUUUAUAUCAAAGUGGCCCCAAAAUGGUUGGAGGAGCCAUCCAACUCCUCACUCCUUCUCGGCAGAAGAGGAACAGUAUCCUGCAGCGCCAGCGGAUACCCUCAGCCGCAAGUUCAUUGGAUGAAGAAAGACGCAUUACUUGGCACUUGGCAGCCAGUAUUGGAGUUAGCUGGCGGCGGUAUCCUAAGUCUUCCGAACGGGACCCUGGUGAUAGAAGAGGUGUCGCUGACUGAUGAGGGACUCUACUCUUGCAAUGUGGAGAAUGGCGUCGGACAGCCACUGAGCAAGACUAUUUGGAUGAGUGUCAAUAAACCAGUCCACUUUGAGACAAGUUCUACCAACGUGACAUCCCGGCUGGGUCAUUCAGCUAAUCUCGAGUGUUCUCCACUCGGUGACGACCCUAUCAGGGUAUCCUGGAUCCACGAUGGAAACCCAGUCGACUUAAAGAACCCCAGGAUAAAGCUGUCAGAAUCGAAGACAAAUCUAGGGCUGUCGAGCACGGUAAACUUCCAGUAUUCGGAAGCGGCUGAUGGAGGCGUAUACCAAUGUCGAGCGAGCAACCCUUACGGCAGUGCUAGCUUCAAUAUACAUCUGACUAUUUUAGAGCCCCCAACCCCGCCGUCAGACGUGCGCAUUGAGUCAAUCAGAGCCCGCAGCGCAACCAUUUCUUGGCGGGACACCCUCAGAGCUCACGCGAGAUAUUAUUCGCUACAAUACACUCCCACGCACUAUACUGAUGUCUGGGACCACGCUUCUACUGUCAAUAUUACUAGAAAAGAAUCCGACGUCCGCCAAACCUUCGAGUUACCCAACCUGCGCCCAGCAACCAACUACGGAGUGAGGGUUGCUACCGGCAACCAGGUGGGCGUGAGCGUCUACACCGCUCCUGUGCACUUCACUACACAUGAGGAAGCCCCAUCAUCUCCACCAACCAGCGUUCAAGUGGAGCAGACAGAAAACCCCGGAGAACUCCGUGUUUCCUGGCUACCCCCUUUGAAAGAGACGCACAAUGGUGUCAUCAUGGGGUACCACGUCAAAGCUGUGCCGCAGAACGCUGAUACAGAUGAUGCAGAUGUGAGGACACUGAAAGUCUCUCAGCAAACCGGAAAACAGGAGACAUUGUUAAGCGGACUACUCAAGAACACAAGAUAUAGCGUGUCUGUAGCAGCUUUUACCAGUGCUGGUAGUGGACCUUUCUCACUGCCAGUAUACCAAGACACGAGGGAAGGAGCGCCAGAACAGGCUCCAUCGUCAGUGGAGUGUACAGCGGUCUCCGCCACGUCUCUGAGGGUCGGUUGGCAGCCUAUUGUUCUGCCUGGGCAAGGAAGCUCGCUGAUUGGGUAUACGGUGCUCUAUGCUACUGAAGACGGCGCUUGGCAGAACCAUACAUCUCUCCACACAGAGUUAUAUCUACAAGGGCUGCUAAAAUACACAAACUACACGGUGAAAGUUGCGGGGUUCUCAAACUUUGGUGCGGGGCCGUACUCGUUUCCUAUCGUAUGUGCUACUUUGCAAGAUGUGCCGGGUCCCCCAGCAGACAUCAAGGUGCUGGUGCUAUCAGCCACAUCCCUGCUCAUCAGCUGGAAGAAACCUGACCAUCCGAAUGGAGAACUUCUCUACUACACCGUGUAUGUUAAGCCUACUUCUAGCAACGGCCCGCCACAAACCUACCGAGUGGAACCAUCUCGUACGACUGCUGAAGUGAAGGAGUUGAUAUCUGGCAGGACCCACGAAGCAUGGGUCACGGCUUCCACCAGGGCUGGUGAAGGAAUGGCUACAAGGAGGGUCUCGCAUACUCCUACACAAAGAGUGGUGGCAGGAGUAGCAUCUUUAGGAGGCACCAUAUCGGUAGGAGUGGGGAGCUCCCUACUCCUCGUGUGUCAAUGUGUGGGCGUCCCCCCACCUCGGACCGUGUGGUACCACAAGCACAACAUCAUCACUCACCAUCCUCGCUUCACCAGGAACCAUGAUGAUAGUCUGCUUAUUAACAACAUAGACCAGUCCCUAAGCGGGAACUACACAUGCCUAGCUAAGAACCUAUAUGGUUCAGACUCAGUAGAGUACGUGGUGACAGUUCUACCUCUCCCGGAUGCGCCGGUGCUGAGGGCAACGCCGUACAAGGACUCCAUCUUGGUGGAGUGGGAGCAACCCUACUACACGAGCAAUAGGAGCUUUACUCAAAAGAUCAGUUACAGCCUCACUUGGAAAGAAGCAAGUGGACCGUGGCAGGAGGCCUGGCCUGUCACCAAGUUGCCAAGCCUAAACGUCCAGAAACAUGCUCUGACUGGACUCAAAUGCGGCACCAAGUAUUCUGUAAGGAUUACUGCCACCAACCGAGUUGGGACGUCGCAACCAGCAUACCUGGACGUCAGCACUUUGGGUGGAGUACCAAUCCCGCCAUCAACCAACGAGUGGUUAUGGAGCAACUGCUCCCACAUCUUCGUGCAGCUGGCGGGGUGGGACGAUGGGGGGUGUGAGUUGAAAGGCUGGGAGAUUGACUACCGCCCGCUUGGCGGUCGCUCUUGGAUCCGAACGCAUAAUACUAUGUCCUUCUCCGAGCUACCGUCUUGGGGUCUUCCGAACCUGUACCAGGCCAAGCCCUAUAGGUCCUCGCUAGCCAUCACGGACCUGUCUUCCGGGACCUGGUACCAGAUCCGAGUGACCUCCACCAAUGAGGCUGGAAGUGUCACCACGACAUAUAACUAUGCUACGAAGAACGAGGAUGGCAGUGAAGUGGGACCACCAUCUGAAUCAUUGGACAUCAAUACAUUAGUUAUAAUGUGCAGUUCUAUACUGCUCGCCAUUUGCGUACUAACAAGCAUCUACAUAAUAAUUAGAAGACAGAGCUCAAGCGAAACAGAAUACCGCGACUCAAUAACAGUGGACAACAAAUCAGAGAGCGGCAACCUGACAGCUAACACAUCGCAUACCAACAUUGCAAACAUUAAAGAGAACUCUAUCAAUGCGCAGACCAUGAAUGCGCAGAACAGGAUCUACAGCGCUCCUAUACAUAUGAGGAAUAACAGUAAGCAUGAGCUCUACGAGAUAAGCCCGUACGCGCAGUUUGCGGUCGGGUUCCGUACGUUUGGACACGUCGAUAAUCAAGACAUACCCAGUCGACAUAAACAGAGAUAUGAUACAGAAACCAGUUUUCAAGUCUGUUCAGAGUCUGAAGACAGUGACAGCAUAUCCAAGUCAACACUCAAAAGUAUGCCCAGAAAAACCUGCAGAACACCUCAUCAUAGGUAACUAGAGAAAGAGACGCUAUCUUUUUAAAUCGAAAGGAAUCUAAUUCCGUGGACCAUCUAGUGAACAUUGUGGUGAUAAUUUUGGACAUUCCGUGAAAAUCUGAAAAUCAAGACAGUUUCUUCAAACGUUUAUAAUAAAUACUAUGAUAAUGCAAUUUGACCCAUCUAAUUAUGAAAUGCCUUUACGCCCUUAGUAGGACACUAUGGUGGCGCAACCAGCGAGCUAUUCGGGAUUCGGUUGCCGACAACAAAGUGCGCAACUUUGUUGCUAACCAGAUAAGGUACCC